UUCACAAUGAUUAAAGCACACCGCACACCGGGCUCAGCAUAUGUAAGUCUUGAUCAUAACAUUCUCCUCAAAUUUUUGUGUCUUUUGUCCCUUUCUCCUGCGAUCAUGCCUGAACAGCAGAUGAAAAUAGAUCGUCUUAGUCCCGGAGAUCCUUCAUCAUUCUCUAGACCGGAGUACUGCGUAGUGGUGCACCUUCAUUUAAAUUGGGAUGUUAACUUCGACAAAAAGAUUCUCAACGGUAGCGUGGAGUUGGACUUAGAGAAGAAGAAAACGGAUGUAGACGUAGUGAUCCUGGAUUCGAAAGACCUGACUAUUCACAGAAUAACCGAUGUUGAAACGGGCCAGGAACUUAAAUAUAGCCUUGGGAAACCUGUGGGAGCCUUUGGAUCCAAACUAGAGAUUCAACUACCUAGGGUCAAAGACAAGAAAUUGAAGAUCAAAAUAGAGUACGAGUGUUCCCCAGAAGCCUCAGCCCUUCAGUGGCUUACACCUGAGAUGACAGCUGGGAAGAAGCACCCAUAUCUCUUCAGCCAGUGCCAGGCCAUCCAUAGUCGUAGCAUUGUCCCAUGUCAAGACACACCAUCUGCCAAGUUUACCUACACAGCUAAGGUUACUGCUCCCAAAGAUCUGACAGUCUUAAUGAGUGCAGUCAGGCAGGAAGGAAGUGGAAAAGGAUCCCAUGAAUUUGUACAGAAGGUCCCCAUACCUAGUUAUCUCAUAGCCAUUGUUGUUGGGGCACUGGAGUCAAGAAAAAUCGGGCCAAGAUCUCAUGUAUGGACAGAAAAAGAGAUGAUUAAAGAAGCAGAAUAUGAAUUUGCUGAGACUGAGCAAUUCCUAAAGACAGCAGAAAAUCUCCUUGGGCCAUAUGUAUGGGGAGUGUAUGAUCUUCUGGUUUUACCACCAUCUUUCCCAUAUGGAGGCAUGGAGAACCCGUGCUUGACUUUUGUCACUCCUACUUUGCUGGCUGGGGACAGGUCUCUGGCAGAUGUGGUGGCACAUGAAAUCUCCCACAGUUGGACCGGAAACCUGGUGACAAACAAGGACCCUGAGCACUUCUGGUUAAAUGAAGGUCAUACAGUGUUUGUAGAGAGGAAGAUCACCGGUAGCAUGGGUCCACCACACCUGAGGGAUUUCAAAAUGGAUAGUGGAUGGGACACAUUACGCUAUGCAAUAGAUGUAUUUGGAGAGAAGAGUCCUUUAACCCAUCUAGUACCUGAUCUGACCGGUAUUGACCCAGAUGACGCCUUCUCGUCAGUCCCAUAUGAGAAGGGCUCCACACUCCUCUAUUACCUAGAGCAGCAACUGGGAGGACCUGAUGUAUUUGAGCCAUUUCUAAGGAAAUACAUAGAAAACUUCAAAAACCAGUCCAUUACCACAGAUGACUGGAAAAAAUUCCUGUAUAAUUAUUUCAGUGAUAAGGUUGACAUUCUUGAUGCAGUGGACUGGAAAGCUUGGUUCAACACCCCUGGAAUGCCUCCAGUAAAACCAAAAUACAACCUGAGUUUAUUAGAGCCAUGUAUAAAACUCAGUCAGAGGUGGGCAAAGGCAGAGGAUGAAGAUGUAGAAAAAUUUACUGACGAAGAGUGGAAAAACUUGACUUCAAUACAGAUUCCAAAGUUUCUCUCCCUGUUGAUGAAUGAGGAACCAAUGUCAUUGGAGAAGAUUGAAAGAAUGGCAGUUCUUUAUGGCCUUAACAAAGUGAAGAACUCAGAAAUAAGGUUUUUGUGGCUGAGACUGUGUAUCAAAGCCAGGUACUUGCCAGCAGUGUCGCGGGCCUUGGAGUUUGUAAAUGAGCAAGGAAGAAUGAAGUUUGUCAGGCCUAUUUACAGGGAUCUCUAUGGAUGGGAAGCAGUACGCAAAGAAACUGUUGCCAACUUCCUCAAACAUCGCUCUCAGAUGCACAACAUUGCCUCCACCAUGGUUGGGAAGGACCUUCAUAUUGCCGACGGAAAGCAUGAUGAGCUAUGACCACUUUCACCAGCAUUUAACUCUUCUAACUUUCCUUAAACAUUUCUCACUUGAAUGAAAACUGUGGAAAAUGAAUAGAAAUAACUGUAUUUAGAGAGAAUUUUAAUUUAAAAUUAGACAUGUUCCAGUGUAUAGAAGAAGUAUGUAGAAAAGUGUAAUGUGACCUGGAUGCAUAUGUGCACUGGUGCCAUGCAAAGGUCUCUAAAACUCUGGGUUCUGAUAUUGUAAACAAGGCUCAUUUAUCAAACUAUCGAAAGCAUGUGACUACACCUCUUUGGCCAUUUUCCCAAUUUAAUUUUCUUCACAAUAUUUGGGUCAAAAAGGUGAUUUGCUACUACAAGACAUUUAUUUUUAUUUCUUGACUGUUUCAUAGGAUUUUAGAUGUACUAAAACUUUGGGUUACACAAUACGCUGAAUGUCCCUUGAAGCAUUUUGAAAAGUUUAUGAGGUUGUGUUUCCUCAGUUUUUUUAUGAUCUCAUAGUAUUGUAUGUAGUAUAGGCCAUCUGUCCAAUAUACAGACUAAGUGACUGUGACUGGUUUUAUGGUUAUGAGAAUUGAAUUACUUAAUUAUUAUUUACUGUAUAAUUAUUAUUCUAUUCCUGAUCACUUCAAACAAAAUGAAAAGAUGCUUAAUUGUUAAAACAAUCGCUAAGGCGCAAUCGCUAAGUAUAUUAUAUUGAAGCUAUUAUAAAUGUACUGUGUACAUUGUUAGCAACAUUUCAAUAAAUUUUUCAACAAGUUGAACUCA